ACCAGGGGCGGACUGACCAUUUGGAAACUCGGGCACUGCCCAAGGGCCCAAGGUCAGUAGGGGGCCCCAUAAGAUGCCCCUGUUACCUUUUUAAUAGGCUUUUUUGAUUUUGGGCAAGGACACAGGGGCCCCAUGAUCCCCUAUAGCCUGGGGGCCCCAUGAGUUGUCAGUCCGCCCCUGAUCCUCACAGCAAUUUAGGAGAGCACAUCAAAGUUUGCUCAGCGCUUUACAAUAUAACAGGAGACAAUACAGCAACAAUACAGUUCAAUACAAGAGGGAAAGGAGGCCCU